ACGCAGCUUUGUUGAAAGUUUUAGUUCCCACUUGUAACUGAUUAGCUGUUAAGUGACGUACAGUUUCAGUGCAAGUGCAAAACCACCGCAGUAUCUUCGCUUCUUGUUGUGAUUCUCGCGUACAGAGUGGUUCGUUGUCGGUACUAUGCUAUAACCUGCCCGCUGGGAAGAAGAGAAAGAAGAAUUAAUCUAUUAACUUCAAUUGGCCGAUAGGUCAGCAGCAGCAGCAGCAGCAGCAUCCCUUCAAGCGCCCUCCGGUUUUGGCCACGCAAACCAUCGCGAACUGUACACACACAGCCGGUAGUACACGCGAAACAAGCUUUCUUUGGUCCGUCGUUCAAACUCCGGCACUAAAGUCACCGUUGCCACAUUUGGCUGCAUUCUUGCUGGGCCCGGGCUUUGUGCUCCGUGAACCCUGGUUCAGGCCAUUAACCUGCAAAUUGGCAGAGAAAGAGACGCACCCGAGCGCGUAUGUGUGUAUGCGCGAGUGAGUGUGUGUGUGACGCCGCCAUCAAAUCGUGACCGUGACCGUGGCCAUUAUCGGAACCCGUGCGUGCGGACUCGUUAUCCAUUCCGGUGGGUGUAUUUUGCUCUUUGUUCUCGCGGUGCAUUACCGUUUUAGGUAGUGUAGUGUGCGGCGCUUCGCGCAGUGUCUAUCGUCUGUGAUCUUGAAAGAAAGCAAGGCUUGCUGCAACGCCACGUGAAAAGCAACAUCAAUAGAGGCAAGAUGACUGAACAAAUGGCUCGGCUGCAGGGUUGUAGCAUUCUCGUGCUCGACGAUAGUGACAAGCUGGUCGGCAAGUACGACCACAAGGUGACGGUGCUGUGCAGCUACGAUCCACAGGGCAUGGCGGUGCGGUUGCUGCAGGAGGGUACCACGCCACCGAAGCAGCUCGAGGAAUACCUGGUGAGUGGUUCCAGCAUGACCCAUCUUAGCCGAGGCCACACGUCACAUAUGCUGCUCGUCGGUGGCGAAUUGAUCCUGUUCCGGUUUGCUUCCCGGGCUGACUGUCAGCAGUUCCGUGGCCUGCUGCACAAGCUGUCCGGCAAAGUGAACUCAGUAUUUAAUCUCCGCACGGAGGAUUCGUCGGCGUCGCAGUAUUUCCAGUUCUAUGGCUACCUGUCGCAGCAGCAGAACAUGAUGCAGGACUUUGUUCGGACGAGCACUUACCAGCGGGCAAUCUACAACAAUGCGCAAGAUUUUCAGAACAAGGUCGUGCUGGAUGUUGGCGCAGGGUCCGGUAUUCUUUCCUUCUUUGCCGUCCAGGCCGGUGCUGCGAAGGUGUACGCGGUGGAAGCGAGCAAUAUGGCACAGUACGCGCAGCAGCUGGUCAGCUCGAACAAUCUCACCGAUAAGAUAAUCGUGAUCGCCGGCAAGAUAGAGGAGAUCGAACUGCCCGAACGGGUGGACGUUAUCAUAUCCGAGCCGAUGGGUUACAUGCUGUACAACGAGCGCAUGCUGGAAACGUAUCUGCAUGGGAAAAAGUGGCUCAAACCGGACGGCAAAAUGUACCCGUCCCGGGGCGAUCUGCAUGUCGCCCCGUUCACGGACGAAGCGCUGUACAUGGAGCAGUACAAUAAGGCGAACUUUUGGAUGCAGACUGAGUUUCAUGGGGUGAAUCUGGUAGCGUUGCGUGACGCCGCUAUGAAGGAAUACUUCCGGCAGCCGAUCGUCGAUACGUUCGACAUACGCAUCUGCAUGGCCAAAUCAAUCCGCCACACGACGAACUUCCUCACGGCGGACGAGAAGGAUCUGCACCGGAUUCAGAUCGACGUUGAGUUCCACAUUCUGGAGACGGGCACCUGCCACGGGUUAGCGUUCUGGUUCGAUGUUGAGUUUGCUGGCACGUGCUCACAAAUCUGGCUCUCGACAUCGCCAACUGAGCCAUUGACCCACUGGUACCAGGUACGCUGCCUUCUCCAGACACCGAUCUUCGUGAAGCAGGGUCAAGUCCUCUCCGGGAAGGUAGUGCUGGCGGCUAACCAACGCCAAAGCUACGACGUGGAAAUCGACCUCAAGCUCGAGGGUACAAUGAUCAGCUCGUCCAAUACGCUCGAUCUGAAGAACCCGUACUUCCGGUACACUGGUGCCCCAGUGCCAGCCCCGCCCGGUUCCAACACCACCUCACCGAGUGAAGCUUUCUGGAGCCAGCUGGAUGCGCAGGGUGCCCGCAAUGCGGUUAAUCUCGUGAAUGGCAUCACGGUGAACGGGCUCGGCGAGGUGGACAUGUCUUCGACGAUCAUCAACACGAACCUGAUGGCGAUCGGUGCGAACGGUGGCGGUGCCAAUCAGCCCAACAUCCAUCCGGGUCUUAUCUCGAGCACGGGUCGACAGCAGCAAGCCGCUAACUCGAUCGCUGGCCCCCAGCAACAGCAACAGCAGCAGCAACAGCAACAACAAUCUACAACAGCACAACAGCUUGCAAUGACGCCACCGAUCGGGUGUGCGGCUACCUCAACGCAGAAUGUCGCCCAACACCAGCUGAUCGGUGGCGCCAUCUCACCGUCGCUGUUCACCUCCCCGGCACAAGCCAUCCUCAACAGUCAUCAUCAUCAUCCGGGUCAACCGAUUCACGGCAACCAGUUCUACUAGGAGUACAUUCGUGCCCAGGGCAGGAGUGAGAUAUUUGUCUAGUCAACGCAAAGCGAGGCCCUGGACAGCGAUACAACCAGCCAUGGCAUGAUACGGCCAACAAAAACCCACGAAAAGAAAACCCUUAAUCUACGUAAUGGAACUAAGUCAUCUCCAAAAGACAACGACAUAAAAUUGAGUUCUACAGUCAAGCAAUCAGGACAGCAGGGGACAUCCCAGCAGACGAAUGAGCAUAACGCAACCGUUGCCACAGUCAUCGCUUAUUAUGGAACGUUAUCGCAUGAGCUCUUUUACGUCUUUCAGAUCAGAAGCAAAAGUUUUGUCAGCGUAAGAAAGAUGUUAACUAUUACGUUAGCGAUCUUUUCCAAUGAUCUCUUUCCUUGUCUCUAUCUCUUUCUCUCUCAGGUAUUUAAUUACGGUUAGCGUUCAGUUCAGCUGAUGCAUUUUAUAAACCAUACGACAUUAGGACAAGUCACUGUCACUCAUCCACUCAAAGUAAGGUACAGUAGCAUUGUUAAAACACCGCGUAUCGUCAUCCCCUACAUCAUCAGGAGCUAAAAUUUAGGCAGAUGAAAGCUCUCUAGCGGUUACAGCAGCAUAACGAACUUUACCGUUCACUAAACCGAUGCUAAGCGUACCGAGAAUUGGCUCUUAUUUAGCAAACAUUUGCUGUGCGAAACUGUUACGAAACAACAGAGAUCUUCCAAUAAGUUAGGGGGCAAGGAGUAGUAGCCGCGAACCACAGGACGAAAGGGACAGACGAGGCGUUCGAUGAACGGUCGCGUUUGUUUUUUGUUUUGUAAUUGUUGUCGCGCCGAGCGCAUUAGCUGAGCGGUAGGCUGUAUCACACAACCGAGUUACACGGAAAGACUAAAAACUUAAAGUAAGCAAUUUUACCACUACCGGAUAGUAUCGAACGACUUCAAUAUAGUGUUAUACAGUAGCGAGUACUGCGCUGCAAAGCAGGUAGCGCUGUAGAAGGAUGAACUGUGCAUAAUGCGGUUCGGUGGCAGGACAGGUGAGGCACAUGCCAUUAAUGCAUUUAAGGUCCCCAUCUUAUGUAAUUCAAUUUUAGUUCCUUUCGGGGUCGGAUUUCUAAUGUGCAGCUGGAAGAGAGAGAGAGAGGGGGAGGUAGGCAGCAUACGAUCGACGUUAAUCCGAUGGUGCGAUCACUGUAAGAAGGGAGUUGCAAACUUGAUGAUUUGGAAAAUAUACUCGCUGUAUCGAUAAAUGUCCGUAGCACCGAAGAGUAUUGGAGAAAGCAAUAAGCAUGGAGAAAUGAAUUGAGGACAGUAGAAAAAAGCUUAGAGUGAGAAUAAUACAGUCAGUGAGCAAACGCCGAACGAUUAUAAAAAGUCAUUUCAACCGCACAAAAACGGGCUUUGUCGAAAUGAAGGAUACAAUUGCAAGUAUUAGAGCAGCAACACCGCAACAAAAGGAGAAAACAAUUGGGUAUUGGAACACCACCGAUUGAAAUACAUCAUUUACAACGCAAACUGAUCCUGCACCAUUUACUUUACUUCCGACCAUGGUCGUACCGGAACGUUUACCCGUACACUGAAGAGAUUGGAAUUUCCAUUUGCUGAUUGCAUUGUUCUAGCGCCACUUGUUCGCAACAGUUAAUUCAAAUUCACGGAGCUUUACACAGCUUUACUUAAGGAACGAAAAACAUAAAAACAUGUACACUUAGUAGCUUCUAACCCAUUGCGAAUCAAUCGUCAAAGUGUGGAGCG